AUGCUUGCAGUAACUGCAGCACAGCAAAACUUCACUAGACUGAGGAGGGAGGAUUGCCCAUGUGCAGGAAGAGAAAGAGAUUUCGAUUGUCCUCCUGGCCCUCCAGGACCUCCAGGCGAGCCCGGAGUUCCUGGUUUGGAUGGGAUACCUGGAUGGAAUGGAUUUUCGGGAAUCAAAGGUACUGCCAUUAUGUCCGAGGACCCUAGUGGUUGUGUGCAAUGUCCCGCUGGUCCUCCGGGUCCUCCAGGUCCAGAAGGAGAUAUGGGCCCGCCAGGAGAAGAUGGUGUAGAUGGCCCACCUGGUCCACCUGGGCUUGAUGGAAAACCUGGUGGACCCGGGGAACCAGGAGAUCCCGGCAAACCAGGUGAAGAUGGUAUUCCUGGUGAGCCCGGACAACCCGGUAUCAGCGGAAGAAGAGGGAGAGGUGCUCCUGGACCACCAGGACCGCCUGGACCAGAAGGACCCAUAGGUGAGCCAGGAAGGGACGGUGAAAAUGGGAAAGAUGGACGCGAAGGUCCGCCGGGAGAGCCGGGAAAACCAGGAAUGGAUGGACAACCGGGUACCGAUGGAUUACCGGGUCCUCCGGGUAACGAAGGUCCACCAGGCGCUGAUGCAGCUUACUGCCCGUGCCCACCGCGCAGUUCCGGGUAUGUCAAGGAUAAGAUAAUAAAGCUUGCUCAUAUGGCUAUUCUUUCCUAA